AUGGGUAACGAAGAGGCUGACUUAUUAGCCCGACAAGCAGCUUACGAAGGGAUUGAAUAUGCAUGUUUGCCGUUACACUCAGAUUGGCUUAAUAGCUUAAAAACACUCUGUAGAUCCAAAUGGCGCGAGUACUUUGAUGAGCGUUCGCGAUUGAAAGGUAUUUGGUAUAAAACAGUACAGUCUGAGCCACUUCGUUACCCAUGGUUCGAGGAGAAUAAGAUGGACAGAAAACAUAUAGUGGCUUUGUUGAGAAUGCGUACUGGUCACAUUCCAUCCAACAAGUUCAUACAUUUAAUGGGAAAAACUGAUUCUCCAAAUUGUCCAGUUUGUGAUGUCAUUGACGAUGUUUAUCAUGUGUUGAUGGAAUGUGACCGGAACGUGUCGGAGAGACAAGUGCUAGGCUGGGGAUCAGAUGUAGGAGCUUGCAACAGCGCCUUGGCCUCUCCCUUUUCGGAGGAUGCUAUGGUGCUGUGCAGGAUAGACAAAAUCAAGAGCACCGUUCAAAAUUUCUUGGAUUGCGAUUUUCAAGUGACACCAAACACAAGAUAUGCCAAAAACCUACGUAAGAAUUUAAGAGUGGUAAAGAAACGGUCGCUUAUAAUCUGGACUACGUUCGCGACUAACGGUUUAGCUUACCUUGUUUUACCACUGGUGAGGCCUGGAAGACAUUUCACUAUAGAUUUUUUUUUACUUUAUGGUCUGGAGCCAAUGACCGAAACCCCAAACUAUGAAAUAGCUACCAUCAUUUUUACUAUCACUUCUGGCUUUGCGGUCUACUCCAUGGUCAGCAUCGCAAUAUACGUCUUAGUCAUUGUAGGUUACAAUGAAGCACAGAUGUACGCACUUAGUGAAGAAUUAAGAAACGUCUGGGAUGAUAGUCAAAAUUUCUACAAUAAGAUCAAACACAGGAUAAGUGACAAAAGACAUGUCAUAUUGAUGAAACAACGGGUAACCAAUGAAUUCGUUAGAGUACGUCUACGAGAUGUGACAAAAUUCCACAUUGCAAAUAUUAAUCUUUUAUCUGAAUUUAAUCAAGAAUUCAGAGUUACAUUAGCUCUAGAGUAUACUCUCUUAGCUAUUGCUAUAAUAGCGGAACUGCUUGGUGGUCUAGAACAUACUUAUCUUGCGCUGCCGUAUACAAUUGUUAAAAUGCUGAUGGACUGUCUUGCUGGUCAGCGAGUGAUAGACGCAAGUGAUGAUUUUGAGAAAUCAGUGUACUCUUGUCGGUGGGAAAAUUUUAACACAAGCAAUCAAAGGACUGUAUUGUUAAUGCUGGUUAUGUCACAGAGAACUAUGAUACUGUCGGCCGGUGGAUUCGCUACACUGAAUUACAGUUUCUUGAUGGCCAUACUAAAAUCAAGUUAUUCGACAUAUACAACAUUGGAAUCAACUGUGAAGAAUCAUGCUUAAGAAAAACGGAAAUUAUUCAAACACUGUUUUCUACGUUGAUGUACUUAACUGUCUGAUAUUUUUUUUUUCUAAAUAUUGUGUUAUUAAGUAAUUAUAUUUAUUAUAUUGAGUAAUUUAAUUCAAACUUAAUAAUAACAUUGAAAGUAUGUUGCAGUUGUGAAUAAGAAACGAUAUUUAACCCAUGUUAAUAUUGACAACAGUUAGCAUAAGAUUUAAGGUUAGCAAAAUUAAUAUAAACAUUUAUUUAAGUAAUAAA